AUGCAGCUGCGGGCUCACGCAUGUCUGGUGGCGUGCCUCCUCAUCUCGGCUGUGGUUGGGGCUGUGGCGGUGACCAGCGAAACCCCCGUCGCCAAGACCAGGCCUCUGGCCUUUCCGUUCAACGUCAAUUUCAAGCCUCAGGACACUUGGGCUCCCGAGGCGGUCUUUGGCGUGUUUGUUUUCCUUUUCCUGAUUAACAUUUGGCGUGGGAGGCAGAGCAAUGAGCGCCGAGCAAUCUUCUGGGCCACCCAGCUCAUCUCGGCGGAGAGCCAGCUGCCUGACAACUUUGCCCUGAUCGGUCCCGGCAACUCUGGCGAGGGCGAGGUGCUGGUCCGUGAGAGCAUGAACAUAUACUGCGUGCAUGUCUCCGGCCGCCGCUACUGCAAGAGUGGCCGCCUGACCUUCUUCUUCCGGAAGCGACAGGACCUGCUGGCCUGGGCGGUGAGCGGCAUUACCCGGUCCCCAGAUGUCCUGGACAUCCAAAUCGACCUCAGCCCAGGGUCUAUCCCGCCUCUGGUCCUGCUGAUCGCCAGGGCUGGCCAUGCCAAGACACUGGCCAAGGAGCAGGCCGAUGUCAAAACAUUCACCAAGUUGCUGGAGGUGAAGAAGGACCGCCUGGCGGCAUGGCCAUCCAUCGACCUGGCAGUCUACGCCGAGCAGGCAUCCGCCUUCUACGACCUCAUGACGCCCUACCUCCUGAGCCACUCCUUUGGACAAGGCGCCUGGGAGGAGUUGGGGACCUGCUUCCGCCACCUCCACAUCACCAGCGAGGGCCAGGGUGACGAUACCAAGCAGGCGAGACAGCAAGCAAAGCGUGCGGCAGAGAACAGAGCCAAAAAGGAGGUUCUGGCCCUGAAAGCUGCUGAGCAGAAGCGACAGGAAGAGCUGAUGGCACGGCGAGAGAAGAAGGCUGAGCAGGAUCAGCCCAUGAGGGCGGCCUCCACCGCCGGUGCUUCUGGCGAUGAGCUGAGGGACGAGCUGGGUUUCAAGCUCAUGCGCAAGGGCGUGAAGGAGUUCAGCGGGGAGACCAUCCUGACACCACGAUUCUACACCACCGACUUCGAGGAGAUGGAGAAGAUGUACUCCCUGGAGGAGAACCCCAACCUGAAAAUGGAUGAGCUGGAGGCGAUGCUGGCGGAGUUCAGGCGCGACUACAACCAGUGCCACUUUGUGCGCAACGCUACCUUCCCUGAGGCGGCCAAGAAGCUGACGGGGAACACGCGCAAGAUCUUCAUCGAGUUCCUGGAGAGGUCCUGCACCGCUGAGUUCUCCGGCUUCCUGCUCUACAAGGAGCUGGGACGGCGCCUGAAGAAGGCCAACCCCGUGCUCGCCGAGAUCUUCACCCUCCUCUCGCGCGACGAGGCGCGGCACGCGGGUUUCAUCAACAAGUCCAUGAGCGACUUCAACCUGGCGUUGGAUCUGGGCUUCCUGACCCGCAACCGCAAGUACACUUUCUUCAAGCCCAAGUUCAUCAUCUAUGCCACCUAUCUGUCGGAGAAGAUCGGGUACUGGCGCUACAUCAGCAUCUACCGCCAUCUCCAGCGCAACCCCGACUGCCAGCUGUACCCCCUCUUUGAGUACUUUGAGAAUUGGUGCCAGGAUGAGUCCCGGCACGGUGACUUCCUGGCGGCCACCCUGAAGUGCCAGCCGGAGCUCCUUGAGGGCACGGCGGCGCGUCUCUGGUCCCGCUUCUUCUGCCUGUCCGUAUACAUCACCAUGUACCUUAACGACCACCAGCGCUCCUUCUUCUACGAGUCGUUGGGCAUGGACACCACGCGCUUCAACAAGCACGUCAUCCUGGAGACAAACAACACCACGGAGCGCAUCUUCCCUGAGGUGCCUGACGUGGAGAACCCCGCCUUCUUCCAGCGCCUGGACGAGAUGGUGAAGCACAACAACGCCAUCGUGCAGAUUGGGCGGUCGGACGCCCCCAACUGGCUUAAGAACCUGCAGAAGCUGCCGCACCUGGAGCGCAUCGCCAAGGGCUGCAUCCUCCUCUUCCUGGCCCCCGCCAAGCGCGUAGGCUCCUUGGAUGUGGAGGGUGACGCCGCCUUCCAGUACUGA